AUGGCGGUGCCUGCGGUUCAACUCGCCAUUCUCGCAAUUCCCAUGACCCGAACGGAAGCCGAACGCCUCGCACGACGCAAGCGGUACCUGGCCAACCGCGCCGAAGUGCUGGCCCAGCAGAAGGAGUAUCGCCAGAACAACAAGAGUCGCAUUGCCAUCCGCGCCAAGCGGUGGUACAUGCAAAACAAGCAGCGCAUGGCAGAGUACAAGAAGGAAUACCAGCAGCAGAACAAGGAGCGCAUUGCGGCGCGCAAAAAGGCCUACACGGAGCGCAACAAAGAGCGGAUUGCAGCUGCCAAGAGUGCUUAUUACCACGCGACCAAGGCCAAGGCGUCCAAGUCCGCGUCCCCCAUGAAAGCGGCGCCAAAAGCAGCCACGACGUCGGCGGCGCCUCCGACAGCGCCACAGCGGCUCAUCAAGCUCGACUCCAGUGUCGAGACUGGCGUUGCCUUGCUGACGUGUAUUCGCGAUAUCUUCGCCGCCAAGGAGCAUCUCCUCUAG